GGGCGCUAAAACCCGGUUCAGACAGUAGUGUUUUGUAAGAAAGUGUCGAUUGCCGAGUGAUGGAAUACUUUGCUCCAUGCAUGCCACAAGAAGAAUAAGGACAAUUUACAAGAUUACCAUUAUUGUUGUUUUAGACUUUUAAUAUCUCUUCGCGUAAAACGGGUUAUUUGUUUGGUGCUUCAAUUCACUAAAUCGCUUUCCAGCACCAGCUUGUCUUGAGAAGCUCCCAGCCACCAUGGUGGUAGUGCAAAGCUACUGUGAGGCCAGCGCUUCCAUUUCCGAAGCCUGGCUGGAGGGCGGCAUCUCGCCCUGCUUCUACUUCACCCUGGUGCCCACCGUCCUGCUUACCCUCUCCUUCUUCUUCGGCGCCUUCCACUGCGUCUGCUACCGCCGCUACGGCACCGAGAUGGAGCCCAAGUUCGUGCCGCGCUCGCGCCUCUAUGGCCUCCAACUGGGAGUCUCCCUGCUCCUCCUGCUGCAGUUCCUAGGGGGGCUGGUGUGGAGGGCCGCCGGGGGAGGGGAGCUCCCCGGCUAUGUGGUGCUGUACGGCUGCCUGUCCAUGCUGGGCUGGGCCUGGGCCGUGUCCCUGCUAAAGCUGGAGAGGAGGUGGGUGCUGGUGAGGGACCGGACAAGGGGCCACAGCACGGUGCUGCUGCUCUUCUGGGCUGUGGCAUUCUCAGCGGAGAACCUGGCCUUCGUCUCCUGGGCCAGCCCCUACUGGUGGUGGGGCCUGGAGAACACACAGCAGCAGGUGGAAUUUUGUCUGUGGUUGAUGCGCUACAUCGGCACAGGAACACUCUUCUUCCUGGGCCUGAAGGCUCCGGGAUUACCACGGAGACCGUACAUGCUCCUGAUCAACGAGGACGAACGUGACGUGGAGGGCGGCACUGACCAGCCCCUGUUGGAUGGGGCAGAGGAAUCCCAGUCUACCUGGCAGGACUUUGGGCAGAAGGUGCGUCUGCUGGUGCCCUACAUGUGGCCCAAAGGCAGCAUGCUGUUACAGGGCCUGGUGGUACUCUGCCUGUGCCUGCUGGGUCUGGAGAGGGUCAUCAAUGUCUUCGUGCCCAUCUACUACAAGAACAUUGUGAAUGAGCUGACUGAUGGAAGCAGCUGGAAGACCUUGGCCACCACUGUGUGUGUCUAUGUCUUGCUCAAGUUCCUGCAAGGUGGAGGGGCAGGUGCGUCCGGCUUUGUCAGUAACCUGCGCUCCUUCCUGUGGAUCCGCGUGCAGCAGUACACCAACCGGGUGGUGCAGGUGCGUCUGUUCGGCCACUUACACUCGCUGUCACUGCGCUGGCACCUGGGCCGGCGCACCGGGGACGUCCUGCGUAGCAUCGACCGCGGCACCUCCUCCAUCAACAGCCUGCUCAGCUACAUUGUAUUCAGCAUCUUCCCUACCAUCGCAGAUAUCGUCAUCUCCAUCAUCUACUUCAUCACCUACUUCAACGCCUGGUUCGGACUCAUCAUAUUCGUCUGUAUGUUCCUCUACCUCACCCUUACCAUCAUCAUCACGGAAUGGAGGACCAAGUACAGGCGAGACAUGAACACCCAGGACAACAACACAAAGUCCAAGGCGGUGGACUCCCUGCUCAACUUUGAGACGGUGAAGUACUACAAUGCAGAGAAUUACGAGGUGAACCGUUUUGAGGACGCCAUUCUGAAGUAUCAGACCUCAGAAUGGAAGACACAAGCCUCUCUGGCCUUCCUGAACCAGACACAAAACCUGAUCAUCGGUUCAGGUCUACUGGCCGGGUCACUGCUCUGUGCCUACUUUGUCCAGGAGGGCAAGUUUAAGGUUGGAGACUUUGUCCUCUUCGGCACCUACAUCAUCCAGCUCUACACCCCUCUCAACUGGUUUGGAACCUACUACAGAAUGAUCCAGAACUCCUUUAUCGACAUGGAGAGCAUGUUUAAGCUCUUUACAGAGGAAGAGGAGGUGAAGGAUGUGGUGAAUGCAGGGAACCUUCUCUAUAAACUGGGAAAAGUGGAGUUUGAGAAUGUGUACUUUAACUACACUGACGGGAAGGAGAUCCUUAAGGACGUAUCAUUCACUGUGCAGCCAGGCCAGACUGUUGCAUUGGUUGGCCAGUCAGGGUGUGGUAAGAGCACCAUCCUUCGCCUGCUCUUCCGUUUUUAUGACGUCCAGGGAGGAUGCAUCCGCAUCGAUGGCCAGGACAUCUGUAAGGUGAAGCAGGUGUCUCUGCGUGCCCACAUUGGCGUGGUGCCCCAGGACACGGUCCUCUUCAACGACAACAUCCGCGACAACAUCCGCUACGGACGCAUCUCCGCCAGCGACCACGAAGUGGAGGAGGCGGCUAUCGCCGCAGACAUUCACGAGAAGAUCCAGACGUUCCCAGAAGGAUACGACACCCAGGUGGGCGAGAGGGGUCUGAAGCUGAGCGGGGGGGAGAAGCAGAGGGUGGCUAUCGCCCGGACCAUCCUCAAGGCCCCUCGGAUUAUCCUGCUAGAUGAGGCCACAUCUGCUCUAGACACACAGACGGAGCGCAACAUUCAGGCGUCGCUCACAAAAGUGUGCUCCAACCGGACCACCAUCGUCGUGGCUCACAGGUUGUCGACCAUCAUCGGUGCCGAUCAGAUUCUUGUUCUAAGUGAUGGUCAGAUAGCAGAGCGAGGACGGCAUGAUGAGCUGCUGGCUAAGGGAGGGUUGUACUGUGACAUGUGGAUGAAGCAGCAACAUGCCCAGGACUCAGACUCAGCCUCUGACACAGAAGCCAAAGACAGGAAGUCUGAGAAACUACAGCCCCCAUCAGUCACUGCAGGCCACAGGAGCCACUGAGGAUAGAGUGAGAGGUCAAGGAUAUGUAGAUAUUGUGAGGAGACGGACGAGGGACGCAGGGAGAGGAUUAGAUACCUCAAAAGGCUGUUUUGCCUGCACUUUUUUAGGGUAUCUGUCCAUUGAGGUUCAUUCUGUUAUGAGUGAAGUUUUAAGCACAUUUAUUGGGUAUUUAAUGUUUGAUCAUUCAAUCAAAAUGUCUGUGCCAUGAAUGCCUCAGGCCAGUUUGUUUUAAGUGUAUUCAGGAUCGUGUUCAUUAGGUUAAUUAACAGAAAAUGUUUUAAAACGUUUUAAAAUCUAAAAUCUGUGUUACUUAUAGGACAAGUCCAGGAAGUCCCUCCUUAUUGCAGUCUGUUUUGAUCCGUUUUGUGCGUAAUUAAUCUCAUUUUCCCCACCCCAAUAUUUUUUUAUUGAGUCAAAUGCUUGUUAACGUGUCGGAAAAGAUACUAGAACGAGUAGCAGAAGCAGGGCGGUACCUCCCUCCCACACACACACUCUUUCUGCAAGUUACGGGCAAGUCAAGGGGCCAAAUGUCCCCUCCCCUUCAAAAAUGUGCAAGAUGCGAAUACCUGCAAUAUCCUGAUUUCUCCAAAUGAUCAGUGGCAAAACAUCUGUACACCAGAAACAAAUUUCCUUGCUGUUGUCGCAUCCCACAGUCUGUUGACAUACACUACGAUACCAGUUCUGUUACGUGCAUCUGUCCUCGAGAUUAGUGCCUAAUGAACAGGACCCAGGACUCAGUAUAAUUUGUCCUCUUGCUGUCUGAAGUCGGCUGACUGCAACAGUCCAGAGAAGUGGAAACAAGUCCAAAGUAGACUAAUCCCUUCCUAAGCUCAGGAAUAGGCAGUUUGUCACAGUGUCUCACAACUUUGAAUUGUUGACUAAGGUUUAGGGGUUGACAAAUGUAUUAGUUUUAUUUACAGCAUCUAGAGAUGAUUUUAUUUUUACUAUACCCACUUUAAGCUUAUUUUGUUAGCUAUUAUACAAGCAAUAGACUUAUAAUACUUUAUAGACUAAUGAAAAGAUUCAGACCGAUUUGAAUGUUUAACAAAGAAAUCAGUUGCACUCUGAUUGUUUCGUACACAUACAAAGGUAUGUGUACGAGAACUUCAACUGUAACAUUUGAAUUUGGUUAUUAGUAAAACAGAUAUUUAGUCUGUGUUUGGUCUGUUUCACAUCCAAGCUGCAUCAAUUUGACCCCAAUCUGACUCGGGUAUUAUCAUGUACAGUCUAGGUGUUGACUGAUGCAUGCCAAAUUAUCCUGGUUGUAACUUUUAUUUGUCACCAAUGGUGAUCAAUAAGAAGUACUGGUAGAAAAUUAAAGAGAACAGAAUUGACUAAAUUCCCAGCAGAAAAGCAAACCUUUCUCUAUGAAUGAACUCAAGCCUGUCUGUGCUGCUACCUGUUUUGCGUAAAGAACUGCUGUUAGUGUAUCUUUAUUUUAAUGGAAGAAAUUAGUCUGUAUUUGAAUUUGUUAGUGUGGAGUUUGUCAAUAUCUGUUGAUAAUAAUCACACUCCAUUUACAGUA